CAGCGUGUCCCUGACCUAUGUUGUGUUUUUAUUUACAUGCACAUAAUCAUAUAUAAACUGUAAUGUAUUACUUUUGAGUUCAUUAUGCCGAAUUUAAAAACGACACUGCUAGAUGUUUGCAGACGAUGUUUUACAGACAACCACUGUUGGAGAAGAGGACUAUGCACGAGACAAUCCAUAUAUCAGUUCAGAAGAAACUUUUCCCAUCAAAAGGUCUUUUCACAAUGUUCUCAUGCACAGAAGAGGAAACUUUUUCUAUCAGAAUUGAACAGUAUAGCUCCGUUCAUAAGAUGUGCUGGAGUGAGAGGUCUGUUUGGAGGCACCCAUGGCAGUAAUCCUCGACAAACCCUGGAGGAUAUUGCAGAAAAUAUCAAAGACUGCAGGUUCAGAAACAUUGUGGUGAUGGCGGGUGCAGGCAUUAGCACACCCAGUGGAAUCCCAGACUUUAGAUCUCCUGGCAGUGGUCUUUAUGACAACCUUCAACGGUACAAUCUCCCCUAUGCUGAGGCCAUUUUUGAAAUAAAUUACUUUCAUCACAAUCCCAACCCUUUUUUCGCCCUUGCCAAAGAGCUGUAUCCUGGAAAUUACAAACCGAACCUGACACACUACUUCAUUCGUCUGCUUUACGAUAAGGGCCAGCUGCUUAGGAUGUACACCCAAAACAUUGAUGGACUUGAGAGACUGGCAGGCAUUCCAUCUAAAAUGUUGGUGGAGGCACAUGGGACAUUUGCAACAGCCACCUGCACCGUCUGCCGCAGAGAUUACAAUGCCGAAGAGCUUCGGAAUGAUAUAAUGGAAGGAACCAUACCCAAAUGCUCCAGCUGCACGGGAGUCAUCAAACCUGACAUCGUGUUUUUCGGGGAGGAACUUCCUCAGCGGUUCUUUAGUUAUCUCAUAGACUUCCCAAGGGCAGACUUACUCAUUAUCAUGGGAACAUCUCUAGAGGUGGAGCCCUUUGCCAGCCUGGCAGGUGCGGUGCCCAGUUCUGUGUCGCGCCUUCUGAUAAAUCGAGAUCUUGUUGGGCCGUUUGCCUGGGGAUCCCCACGUCACAAUGACGUUGCUGAGGUGGGUGAUGUUGUUAGCGGGGUUAAAAAGCUGGUGGAGAUCCUUGGUUGGACGCAGGAAUUAGAAGCCCUUAUGAACGUGGACACAGAGAAGGAUGCGAUGAAAAGAGAGGAAUGAGCAGAAAAGGGAUCUGUCUUAAACCUGCUGUUCUGUUGGAUGGCCCCUACAUUAAGUUGUCUUAAUAGUGUGCAUGCAUUAGUGAGAGGAGUGAGUUUAUUGUGUUGACAAAGUACUGGGUUGAAAAUGGGUAUCAAGAACAAUGUUAACCUCUGCAUACUAGUAGAUAAAUGGUUAAUCACCAGCACAUAUAUAUUUUUUUAAUAUUUUAAUAAUACAGUAAGGUAGCUGACCAGAGUAAAAAUCAUGCCAGUUUUAGUUUUGAAGACUUUGAAUCUUGGAUUGUCAUGUGAAUGUAUAUAGGUAUUGUAUUUGCUUUUCAUGUUUUUCUUAAGGUUUUGAGUUAAAAAAUACACUUAAUACAACUUAAAAUAAAACACAUGCAAGAUAAUUUGAUUCCUGCUGAAUUUUUAAACUGUUCAUUAAGUUUUUAUGUCCAAAUGUUUGCAGUUUACUGCUAUGCCAUUAAAUUAACAGCCCAUCUGGUGUAUGCAAAUGACUUAAUGAUAUGAAAUGCACUGCUUUAAAUCUGCAUUAAAGGCUUUUUAAAGUAUUGUUUUGUAAGUUCCCCAGACUAAAUCAUUUUUCCUUCAUACAGUAUACAAUGUAUUUGGACGUAUCUUCAUCAUUUACCGUAUCCUCCUGGCCUCAACAAAUAUUUGGAUACAAACCACAGCUAAAAACUAUGAAUGUCAAUGCAUUAAAUAAAACAUCAAACUGUGGCAUUGAUAAAAGCACGCCUUUCAAGUAAAAAAUUCAGAAAGAUGUUUAAUGGAUUUUGCAUUGUAAAGCAACAGAUAUAAAACUCAACAUGACACAUUUGUUUAAAAGCCACAAAAAAUGCUCAGAAAAUGCUCAAAUCUAUGAAAUCAUUUACUUUAUAUAUUUAAAAUGCAAUGUCUUUUUUAACUCUGGACCACAAAACCGCAUAAGUCACACAGCUUUAAUUGUAGCAAUAGCCAACAAUACAUUGUAGGGGUCAAAAUGAUAAUUUUUGUAUGCGAAAAAUCAUGAGGAUAUUGA